AUGGAGAACGGUGCGCCGCCUGAUGGCAAAGACCCAUCAGCAUUCCUCAGUGAAAUUAUUGGAGCUCCAGUAACUGUGAAACUGAAUUCUGGAGUUGUAUACAAAGGCGAACUUCAAUCAGUGGAUGGUUACAUGAAUAUUGCUUUGGAAAAGACUGAAGAAUAUGUGAAUGGAGUUUUGAGGAAGAACUUUGGAGAUGCUUUUGUCCGCGGAAACAAUGGUUUG